AUGGAUUUCUCCGUCCUCGAAGCACGCGCCGAAUCGAGCGGUCGACCCUCAUCCUACAAGGCCAUCGGCGUUUCGCUCGCCGUCGCAUCAGGUGUCUUCAUCGGUGUCUCGUUCGUGUUGAAGAAGAUCGGUCUGCUGAAGGCCAACCUCAAAUACAAUGAAGAGGCUGGCGAGGGGUACGGCUACCUGCGUAACUUCUGGUGGUGGACGGGCAUGAUCCUGAUGAUUGUGGGCGAGAUCUGCAACUUCGUCGCCUAUGCCUUCGUGGACGCGAUCCUGGUGACGCCGUUGGGGGCGCUCUCCGUCGUCAUCACCACCAUCCUGUCCGCUAUCUUUCUAAAGGAGCGCCUCAGUUUCGUCGGCAAGGUCGGCUGUUUUACUUGCAUCUUAGGUUCCGUGGUCAUCGCCAUGAAUGCGCCCGAGCAGUCGUCCGUGAAUAAUAUCCAGGAUAUGAAGGCCUACGUUAUCACCCCGGGCUUCUUGACUUAUGCUGGAGUCAUCGUCGUGGGGAGUAUCAUCACUGCCGUGUGGGCGGGGCCGCGAUACGGCAAGAAGAGCAUGUUCGUCUAUAUCAGCAUCUGCAGCACGAUCGGCGGGUUGAGUGUGGUGGCCACGCAGGGACUGGGUUCGGCCAUUUUGGCGCAGAUCAACGGCGAGUCGCAGUUCAAGGAGUGGUUUCUGUAUGUGUUGUUGGUGUUUGUUGUGACGACGCUGCUGACGGAGAUCAUCUAUCUAAAUAAAGCGUUAAACAUCUUUAAUGCCGCCCUCGUCACCCCCACCUACUACGUCAUGUUCACAAGUGCCACCAUCAUCACGUCCGCCGUUCUCUUCCAAGGGUUCAAAGGAACGGGCAUGCAGAUCGCCACCGUUGUCAUGGGAUUCCUCCAGAUCUGUGCGGGAGUGGUGCUGUUACAGCUGUCGAAGUCGGCCAAGGACGUUCCCGACGCCGCAGUCUUCAAGGGCGACCUGGAUCAGGUGCGCGAGGUGGCCACGCAGGAAGAACCCGAGUACGAGCCCAAGGCCGAUUCCAUUCGCGGGGCCGCCGCCAUCAUUCGACGAUUGUCAACGCCGCGACGCACGAUGGAGGCCGAGGAGGCGCGCCGGUAUUACCGGGAGCGACACGAAGACCAACAACACCAACCGGGAGACAACGAGAUCAUCGAGUGGGAUGGCUUGCGCCGGCGCAAGACCGUUCUCGGCGAGGGCCCGACGAUGACGCGAACUCGCACGGCCUCGAUCAAGAAGAAUCCGUUGCCGCCAAUCCCUCCCCUGCCCCCAUUGGGCAUGUCCAAGUUCCCCGACUACGAAGAGGAGACCCACCCCACGACGCAGCAGACUGGCCAUUCAUUCCUGGACGAGAUGCGCCCGCGGGGAACCAGUCGGUCCUCCAUCUGGCAACCCAUCCCGGAGGAGCACGAGCCGGGUAUGGACCCGGUGUUGCUGUCGUCCAUGUCUGGACAGGCACGCCAUCACCCCGACACGAGCUAUCGCGGCCACCAACGCACCGAGACGCCUCGGUCGGCGGUGUCGUUUGCCGAGGUAGACGCAGUCGAGCACAGUCCGGCCAGACGCCAGUUCUCGUUCAACAUGUUCCACCGCAACAAGACGGCGACUCCCGAGGCGCCGUCUCCCAAGCCAACGCGUGGCAUCCUGCGACACAGUCAGCACAGUCACCACUACCGCAGCGAGUCUCAGGCGACGGAAGAAGAACGGCUCGGACUCGUCAAGGGGGAUUCCCGCCAGGAAGAGGACGUAGCCGACGAGCCACUCGCACGAGCAGGUUCCAUUGACAGCGAGCGGGGAUUCGAGCCCGGCCCUGCUAUCAGCCAUCAAGGACCGAGUCCCGGUCCUCCGGGGUACUACCAAACGAUCAGAGCUUCUGAUCCCCAUCAUCACCACCAGCCCCCUCCCCCGCCAUCGGCAGCCACAUCCCGAACACAACGGAACCCAUUACCCCCGCUGCCCGACGAGGAGCCGCUGCAGGACCCGUAUGCGAAUGUCGAAAUGUACAGCGAUCAUAAUCGACACGGAUCGACCGGCAGCCUGGGAUCCGGGUCCUUUUCAUCGGGGCCGAGUCACGGACGAGGCCAUGGGUGGCGUCGUCAUUCGAAGACGGGAGAGGAUGUGUACUUAUAA